GAUCGAUUACCAUGCCAUCUUUAUAUAAACAUUAUUUCAAUCGACCUUAGCCUACGUUCAAACAUUACAACUGAACAACUAACUUACUACAAUAGUUCAGGAUACAUGUUUUUGAUUUUCAAAUAUCACUAUUGCAAAAUAAGAAGGCAAACUUCCGUUGCAGUGUUAGAUUUGAACAUACCAAGACACUACAAUGAAUGAUGGUUUGAAAAAACUGGUGAUUUUUGGCAUUCAUGAAGGGGUCUCCGGAAGUAAUCAUGGUGUCCAAAGAAGAAUUCGAAAAAAAUGUGGAUGAGAUAUUGGAGGAUGCAGAUUGGUCAUCCCUCACUUCCAAAAAAGUGAGAAAAAUGUUGGAAGCAAAGUACAAAGAAGACUUCACCAGUCGGAAGAAAGAGAUAGAUGGCAUUGUUAUGAAGUGUAUCACAAGGAAACAAGAGCAAGAGAAACAGGAGCAAGAAAAUGGAGGGGAGUCAGAAUCUGAGUCAGAGGAAGAGGAAUUUGAAGCUCCGCCACCAAAGAAAAAGAAGCCAGCCCCAACCACUAAAGUGCCAGCUAAAUCACCUGAACCCAGAACUUUAAAGAAUAAAAAGGCACUAAGUGCAGAGGUUGCAAGGGACAGUUCAGAUAGUGAACCAGAGGCUGCACAACAGAUGGAGGGUGAUGAGGCACUAGCACAAAGGCUUCAAGAAGAGGAGGGUGGCCGGCCACGUAGAGCAGGCAGGAGGCCUCCAAAGGGGGUCCAACCAAAGAAGGAAAGAAAGAAAAGAGCAGGCUCAUCUGGGUACAGCAAACCUUGCCAACUGUCUGAUGAGCUUGCAGAAGUCAUGGGUACAGAUAGUUUGCCAAGGUCAGAUGUUGUAAAAAGAAUGUGGGAGAUAGUGAAAGAAAGAGAUAUUUAUGACCCCAAAAAUAAGCAGUUUAUGGUGUGUGACGAACAACUGUUUAAAAUAUUUAAGAAAAAGCGAGUGAGGAUAUUUGGUAUGAUGAAGUAUCUUACACAUCAUAUUCACCAGACGGGCAGCAUGGAAGACGAUGACAGAUAAAGUCAGUAUGCCCAAGAUAUGGAAUGACUUGGUUCACUCUACAAAAGAAACAAUUCCAUUAUAACACCCAUGAUUAGUCUGAUGGGAAGAAGCCCAUAUUAUUUUAAGUGAAUAUUAAACUAUAAGUAAAGGGUCAGUAAAAGUAUCUACAAGUAUGAUAAGUGAACUUCAAUAUCCUCAAAAAUGAAGGUGGAUAGAGAAGCAGAAUGGACAUAGUGCUAUCAUAUAGUGGAACGGCCCUGAUAGAGGUACAGUUGUGGAAAUAGGACAGGAGGAUGGCUACAAUAGCCACUACAUAUAAGACUAAAUAGGAUACGACACUUAUUCUGUCAUAUUAAUCCUUUGUAGAAAACUAAAACCAUGUAAUGCUAGAAAUAGGGAGAAUGAAUGCAAUUUUGAAGAAUCAAAUUUGAAUGCAUCAAUCUGCACUUUGGUCUCUCACUUGAUCUGUGCAAAUAUAGAUUGUAUCACAGUUCUAGAUGUUCUUGAUAAAUGAAUCUGCCUUUUAGUAAAUAGUACAAAUGAUAGCAUAUCAGAAAAAAA